AUGGCUCAGAGCGAGAAUGCGCCCCCGCGAACACAGCGGCGCUAUUUUCGGUUCAACUAUGAUGAAAUCGCAGCUUGCAGCGGGAACAAUUUUCACCAGAAGCUCCGGAGGCAUGCCGAGAGAGUCGUCAAAGAUUGCAUCGCAGGCGGUGUCCCGGCAUCGCACCUCUGGCUCGAUGCCCAAACGUCGGGAGGUACCAAUGACCCUGCCGACCCGCAAGUCAUGUACCUGCGCGCAGUCAAGGAGGCGCUUCUUCCGAUUUGGUCGCCCAGAAUCCUGAGCGGCAUUGUGAGCCCCAAGUCGCCCUCAAAGUCCACGAUGACAGCUGAGGAUAUCAUGUCGUCUCCGGCGAUGGCCCGGGCGAUAAUGCGCCGCCAGCCUGCGGCGGCGGGUAUGAGAACGAGCGACCUUAGAGGCAGGCCGCCAUCGUCGCCGACGCUGCCCGCUACCCCGCCAGCUACGGGCAGGAUGGUGUCCAAGCCGGCAGCUGAUCUACCGAGCCCCUCCAAACUCCGUGCCGCCGCCGACCCCUUUCGGCCGGCCGUUCCCAAGCCGCUGACAUCCGCCGCGGUCGGAGGAGCCAAGUCAUCAGAGGUUGUCCCGGAGCUGAUCGACCCCCGCGUCGCAGAGUUCCGCCGUCGCCUGGCAAGACGAUAUGUUACGGCCCAGAAAGAACAGGAUUAA